GUGGCCUUCGGGCACGCGUGCGCGCGGCGAGCAAAGCUGCACGACAGUGACGUCAGAUCCAAGUGUCAGCCCUUUGUCAGAUCAUGUCCAUCUGCUUAUAAGUGAGGAGUCGACCGGGGCAGCCGUCAGACACCCACCAGGCGGAGGAACUCCAGGUGCAAGCUCUUAUCUGAACCAGCAGCGAUGCCUUACUCCAUGUUUCCCCUGUGCGUCCUGGGACUCCUCGCCCUCUCCUCCGCCUGUUACAUCCAGAACUGCCCCCGAGGAGGGAAACGAGCGCUGUCGGAGUCUGGACUCAGACAGUGCAUGCCAUGUGGCCCCGGGGAAAGAGGCCGCUGCUUCGGUCCCAGUAUCUGCUGUGGGGAGGGCCUCGGCUGCAUGCUGGGCUCCUCGGAAACAGCUCACUGCAUGGAGGAGAACUACCUGCUCACCCCCUGUCAGACAGGAGGGAGACCCUGCGGAUCUGAGAGUGGGCACUGCGCUGCUUCAGGACUCUGCUGUAACUCAGAGAGCUGUGCGGUGGAUUCGGACUGCUUGGGGGAGAGUGAGGCCUCAGAACCAGCCCACGGCUCUGCAGCGAGCUCACCUGCAGAGCUGUUGCUGCGCUUACUGCAUGUGGCCACCAGAGGACAGACUGAGUACUGAUACUGUAUCUCUGCAGGUCCCUCUGCUCCUCAGGGCCCCGAGGUGCAACAGAAAUGAACGUCCUCCCUGUUCCACUAUAAGCCUUGAGAUUCGAACCUUAAACCAAUAAAAUGCCAAGACAUACUUUGAUCUCUCAAC